AUGGAUGACAAAGAAGUGUGCGGUGUUGAUGAGCAAGACGAAGCACGUGGAACAUGGACUGGUAUGACUAAAAAUGGAAGGAUUGGAAUGAUGCUUUCAAUUACACAAACUCAAGAAUCAAAAGAUUUGAAUGCUCCGAGUAGAGGUGGAAUAGUGAAUUCAUUUCUGAAGGCGAAUGACACUUCAGAAAUAAUGGAGUCGUUGAAGAAAGAUGCUGGAAAGUAUAAUGGGUUUCAGUUGGUUGGAUUGGAACAAAACGAUUCCGGAUUAUAUGAUGUGAAAACACUGACUAACCAGCAAGUUGACAAGAUUGAAGUCUGCGAAUGGGAUGACGAAUACCAUGUAAUCUCAAACAGUCCAUUGACAAAAUCCUAUCAAAAAGCAAUUUACGGGAGAAGAUUAAUUUCUCAACGCCUUCGAGACAGUAAUGAAAUGAGUGUGGAACAAGUUUUCGAGAAUUUAAUGUCCGUUGCCACUGAUAAAAGUCAAUGUUAUCCGGAUGCUCAACUCCAGUUUCAGACACAGAAUACAGAUGAAUAUAACCGACCAUUGUCAGCGAUUUUCAUUAAGUACCCAGAAGGGACAAGAGAAUACGGUACUCGAUGUCACACACUUCUCACUAUCAAUCAAGAUGACCACGUUUCAAUCCUGGAAAGACGGUUUCUGCCUGAAGAAUCCACUUGGAAAGAUGUCAGAUUUGAAUUCGUUCUCAACAGAAAUUGA